AUGAAAAGCAAAAGUACUGCAGCCGUUCCAAAAGAAUACAAUAUAAGAAGACACUAUGAAAAUCUGCAUUCUAUAUUUUCAAAACUACCCGAAGAACUAUGUAAACAAAAACUUUCAUCUUUGAAACGAGAAUUGACAGGUCAGCAAGCGAUGUUUACAAAACGUGUUCAAGAUUCAGAAGUUGCAACAGAAAUAAGUUUUGAAAUAUCUCGCCUUACAGCAAAAAUGUGCCGACCAUUUACAGACGGAGAUUUUGUUAAAGAUUGUUUCAAGAUAGCUGCUAAAAAGAUUUGUCCAGAAUCAGCCAAAACUUUCGAGAAACUUCAGUUAAAUCGGAUGACUGUGCAGAGUAGAAUUACUGCAAUGUCGGUAAAUAUGAAAGACCAAUUAACGAAUUAUGCAAAUAAAUUUGCUUACUUUUCAUUGGCUAUUGAUGAAUCAACUGACAUUACUUCCACAGCCCAGUUGUUAAUAUUUGCACGUGGAAUAACGUACGAGUUUGAAGUAAGUGAUGAGUUGAUUGGAAUGAGUUCAUUAUCAGGUCAAAUGAAGGGUAGUGACAUGCUCACUGGGCUUUCGGAACAGUGUUCCAAAAGUGAUUUAGAUCUGAUAAAAUUAUCAGGUAUUACGACUGACGGAGAUCUUUCCAUGAUAGGAACUAAUUUUGGAUUGGUAACAUUAUUAAAACAGCAUUUGGGAAGACACGGCGAUGAGUUGAUACAAUUCCACUGUAUAAUCCACCAGGAGAGUUUGUGCCCCCAGAAACUAGGAUUUGAACAUGUUAUGAAAGUUGUAGUUUCAACAAUUAAUAUUAUAAAAUCCCGUGGCCUUAAUCACCAACAAUUCAAAACAUUUCUUGAAGACAUUGAAAGCACAUACGGUGACUUAAUUUUUUACACAGAAGUGAGGUGGUUUAGUCGCGAUCAAACAUUGGAGCUGAUGGAUAUCACGGAGUCGAAACGAAGGAAACACACUUAA